AUAACUUAAUCGUCGUCCCCUAAGAUGAUUCGCACACUUUCGAAAUUCAACGAACAAAAAAAGCUUCCAAUAAUCGUAAAACAUAAUUAAAUCCUAAAACUCCAAAAUUUACAUUAAAACUUUCCCCAUUUUCCUAAAAUUUUCUCGGCAACCAAACACACAACUCGAGGUUAGAAAACAUCUACUAUAUUCACUUCCCUGAGGUUCCUUCUGAUUGGCGAACACGAUGAUCAGCUUGUGAUUAUUUCAGAACGCAAUUGAGGAAAUUAGGGUUAGCGACUCAAUACAAUGCGGUUGUUUCCUUUGAGCUCAAGCCCGACCUCAACCUCGACCUCGAGCGCAGAGAAGGAGAAGACUGAUCGGAAAAAAAAUCGCGCCCUUUUGUACCUCAAUGUCUACGAUCUCACGCCUGUAAAUAACUACCUUUACUGGUUUGGAUUUGGGAUCUUCCACUCCGGCAUCGAAGUUCAUGGCUUGGAGUACGGAUUUGGAGCCCAUGAGUAUCCUAGCAGUGGGGUUUUUGAGGUGGAACCAAGAAGUUGUCCUGGCUUCAUCUUCAGAAGGUCAGUCCUGUUGGGCAGCACUGAUAUGUCUCGCGCAGAAUUGCGGUCAUUUAUGGAGCACCUUUCUGGAAAGUAUCAUGGUGAUACUUAUCAUUUAAUUGCCAAGAAUUGCAACCAUUUUACUGAUGAGGUCUGCAUGCGGCUAACUGGAAAGCCUAUACCAGGAUGGGUAAAUCGGCUGGCCAAAGUAGGUUCUUUCUGUAACUGUCUUCUGCCAGAAAGCAUUCAAAUUGCAGCAGUGAGACAUCUUCCUGACCAUCCUGCAUAUUCUGGUGAGGAUGAUGAUGAUGACGGAUCAGAAUCCAUCGCAUCAUCUGGAACAGAAGGAAGUGAAGAGGGGCCAAAUCAUCAUCUGCUGACUACACCAACAGGUGAUGUAGCUUUCCUGAAGGAAAAACCCGUGAGGUUAGCAAGGGAACAUUAAUUUCUUCCUCUCAUUGAAUUUGGGUUUUCUUGUGUCUGUGUUUGUACUUAAGAGUCUAAUGAUUCUGAAUGUAUCACAAAACAUGUCUCUGGCGAUAGUUUCUGGCAUAAUGAUGAUGCUAGAGAUUUGUCUGCUGCCUGUAUCGUUGAAAAUGUACGAGUAUUGUAUCCGAACUAUCAUUCAAAAACGUACAUUCGGUAUAUUUUGAUCCUGUAUUUAAUACAAAUUGUACUU